AAAGCCCUUUUUACUCUUUCACUUUGAAACUAUGCUUAUCUGUUCUCCUCCUCCACACUCCUCCUUUCUACCCUCUAUUUAUUCAUUGCCUCCUCCUCCUUCCCUUCGUCACACCUCAGAACUCACCGCAAUAUGGCUUUCUUCCUUGUCUUCCUCUCCCUUCUUGUUUCCUCUGCCACCGCUUGCGAUCGCUGCGUCGUCCAAUCCAAGGCCGCCUACUUCUCUAAAUCCUCUGCUCUUUCCUCUGGGGCGUGCGGGUAUGGCUCCUUGGCCGUGGGAUUGAGCGGUGGACGCCUGGCAGCGGCGGUGCCUUCUGUCUACAAAGAUGGCGCCGCUUGUGGUGCCUGCUUUCAGAUAAGAUGCAAGAACCCGAGUUUGUGCACCAAAGAAGGGACUACCGUGGUCGUCACCGAUCUCAACAACAACAAUCAAACUGAUUUCGUGCUCAGCAGCAGAGCCUUCGUGGCCAUGGCUAAUAAGGGUAUGAGCCAACAAAUUUUGAAGCACGGAAUUGCCGACGUUGAAUACAAGAGAGUACCAUGCGUGUACAAAAACCGGAACCUGGGAGUACGGGUGGAAGAAUCGAGCAAGAAACCGAACUACUUGGCAAUUAAAUUUCUGUAUCAGGGAGGUCAGACGGAGAUAGUGGGGGUGGAUGUGGCUCAGGUGGGGUCUUCGAACUGGAACUUCAUGAGCAGGAAGAAUGGGGCCAUAUGGGCGACGGAUCGGGUGCCGGCGGGUGCAUUGCAGCUGCGGAUAGUGGUGACGUCAGGGUACGACGGGAAAUGGAUAUGGGCGCCCAAGGUGCUGCCUCAGGACUGGAAGGCUGGCCUCGUCUACGACUCCGGUGUUCAGAUCACCGACAUCGCCAAACAGGCCUGUUCUCCCUGCGACGACGGCUCUUGGUCCUGAUCCCGUUUCUUCUUCUUCUUCUUCGCCAUUCUCACCCACAUUCUUAUUCUUUUCCAAUUUUACUUGAUAACAAUAAUAUAUUGUGAUGUUCAUAUUGUAGUAUAAACAUUGGGUUUGAUCUCUUGUUUCACCACCUCACUAGUCACAAGCAAGCAAAGGUCAAAGGCAGUAAUGCAGUGUAUAGAAUAGGGAGGCGGGUUCAUGUUGUAGUCCGGAAUGCGGAUUGAGACCACAGUUGGGCCCAUUAGAACAAAAAGGGCAAAGACGGCCUCAACCCAAAAACCAAUUAGCUUUCGUUUUAGGCACUGUGUGCGUCCUAAAACCCAUGAAACCAUGUGCCCUGUACACUUGUUUCUGUAUUCAAAUUACUCCAGCCUUGGAUUUAGAUCACGCC